CCUCUCCAUCGACCUUCCCCCUUCAAAGAAGAAACAAAACCACCUGAUAAGAACGGGUGCGCUCCUGCUCCCCACGGCGGACGCCAUGGACGCUUGGGAGGCCACCAAGGUGGUGUUUGACCGGGUGCGUGCGCUGGACCCCGACAACGCCUCCAAGAUCAUGGGUCUGCUCCUCAUACAGGACAACAGCGACAAGGAGCUCAUCCGCCUCGCCUUCAGCCCCGAGCACCUCCUCCACGCCUUCGUCACCAGCGCGCGCGCCGAGCUCGCCGCCAAGCCCGCGUCCCCGCCGUCGCCCGUGCUCGGCCCGCUGCAGACCGGCCCACCCCGGGGCGUCCCGAGCCCUGGAAGCGGCGACCAUCAGUCGCCGUUCGCCGCCGCCGACCAUGUCGGGUAUGACGGCGGCGAUGCGUUCUACCCCGAGAACGAGUACGACUGCUGGUCCCCGGUGAGCGGCGGCCACCGCCAGAGCUUCUCGCUGGGCGACGCCGAGGUGGCUGCGUGGAGGCCGUGCAUGUACUUCGCGCGUGGCAACUGCAGGAACGGCUCCUCCUGCCGGUUCCUGCACGGCCUGCCCGAGGACGACGCGGCGGCGAAGGAGCGUGAGAUGGCGGUCAUGCGCGCCAAGGCCUUGGCCGCCGCACGGCCGCAGCAGCACAUGGCGCCGGCGUUCCCCUUCUCGCCGUCGGCGCCCAACGGCGUCAACCUCAACUUCCUGCUCCACCACCACCAGCAGAACGAGCCACAAAGGUGCCAUUUUUACCACCAAAGAUUGCAUUUUGGUUUCUGUCUUGUGCCCUUUCCUGAUUUUGCUUUCCUCUCUCGGGGCGGCGGCGGCGACAUGCACAGGUUCCCGGUGCGCUCGCCUCGGAUGGACCGCGGCGACCUCAUCGCCAGCCCCGCCGCGCGGCAGAUCUACCUGACAUUCCCGGCCGACUCCACCUUCAGCGAGGAGGAUGUGUCCAACUACUUCAGCAUGUACGGGCCGGUGCAGGACGUGCGCAUCCCCUACCAGCAGAAGCGCAUGUUCGGCUUCGUCACCUUCGUCUACGCGGAGAGCGUGAAGAUCAUCCUGAACAAGGGCAACCCGCAUUUCGCGUGCAACGCGCGCGUGCUCGUCAAGCCAUACAAGGAGAAGGGCAAGGUCCCCGACAGGUUCAGGAAGCUGCAGUACCCGCACCACGGGGACUUCGCCGGCCGCACGUGGCCCACAGGAUUGCUUGAUUCCAGGGACCCUUUUGAUCUGCAGCAGCCGCAGAUUGGACCAAGGAUGAUGCACCGGAACAUUGCUAAUCACGAGGCGUUUCUGAGGAGGAAGCUCGAAGAGCAGCAGCAGGCGGCCGAGCUACAGCAAGCCAUUGAGAUGGAGGGACGCCGGUUCAUGGGGCUGGAGCUCCUUGACCUCAGGAGCAGGGGUCAUCAUCUUGCCUCCCCCAUGCCUCUGGGACAAGCUGAUGGCAAAGGCAGCAUCAAUGGUAAUGGCAAUACCGUCCAUUUGGAGGAUGUCACUAUCCAAGAUAACAAGCUGAGCAGUACUGGGCUUUCAAUGAGUGCGCCUGCAGCUGCUGCUAUCUCUACAACUAAUGCAGAAGGCAAGCAUGAGGAACAGCAGGAAGAGGAUGGUGAUGCCAGUCCCAAGCAGACGGUCAACCUUGGGGAAGUGGAGAAAAGGGAAUCUGGUCCUGUGAUAGCAACACGAAAUGUCGCUUGUGGCUUCCAAGAAAGUGGCGUGGUGGAUCACAUUUUGCCUGAGAGCCCCUUUGCAUCUCCCACCAAGGCCUCUAUUGAUACUCAUACAAUAGCUCAAAAUGGCAAAAUCAACAUCAGCAGCCCUUUUCAUCAUGUGGCUUCAUCCCUCUUCCCACCUGCAUCCACCCUUGAGCUGCCCCCAUACAAGUCCUGCUUCUUUCAGGUGCCCAGGUUUUCUCCUGGGCAUGAAGCGAUUGGUAUGUGAACAUAGAGCAAAAAGGGGGCUCCUUUCCUCUAAUCUGGGAGGACUAUCAUGCCCCCAUCAAGUGGAGGAAAGGGUUGAAAGCUUUAGCAAAUAAUAAGUGUAUCUUCAGGGGAAUCAACAACAACAACAAUUAAAGAAACAAGUCUAGGUUGUUUUAGCUCUAGGUCUUUAGUAUAUGAAGAUAGUAGUCCUACAAAUAAUAGUCUUCUGUUCUGUUAGCUUCCGCCGGUAUCAAGAACAAGAUCAAAGGUCAAUCUCGUAUGCUCGUUUGUAGCAUGGAUCUCAGAAUGGUAGAGGUCAUUAAAGCGUAGAUGGUGUAGUAACAACUAGUCCUGACAGCCAGUUGUAUUGAAUUGACAUGGAUGAAUACAGACAUCCUAAGAAAUCAUAGGGUAGAGAGGUAGAGGAGUUUUCCUUCAAAAAAAGAGAGGCAGAGGAGUGGACAAAUGCAAGACAGACAUGGUGCUGGAGCUGCAGAAGGAAAAGUGAUGCGAUUCGAGGGGUGCUUCUGGGACCAGAGCACUCACGGGUGCAAAAAAUCACCUCAUGAGAAAUUCAGCAGAGACCCGUCACCUGUGUCCUAUUUUGCCCAUUGCUCUUUGUCAUGUAUGCUUGCAGUACUCCUUGGGUCUGUGCAUCCACCCUUUGCUCUCUUUCGGUACUAGAAUAACAGGAGGUGGUAGAGAAAGAAAUGGAAAAGUAAUUAAUUAUCUGUCAUAUUUAUCUCGAUUCAUGCUUUUUUAUAUUGUGGUUAUUAAA